AUGUUUGUUCUGUCAGUUGACACAAAUUCAAAAAAUUCAAACAUUUAGCCGUUACCGUUAGAUUAAAACGAGAAAAAUUUCAAGCGUUAAGUAAAAAUUCUGUGGUGGUGUAAUGGAUCAGGUGAUAACAUUUGAUAAAAGCCUUCAACAGCGUUUACAAGAAUACAAUGAAGUUCUCGGGGGAUACGAAGUUUUGCCGGUAUCUGCUAUCGCCAAAGAAUGGGGCUUCUACUUGGAUUUAACUUUGGAUCCCAACGGAUGGCAAGCAGUUUGGAAAAUUCAACGAAAAACCUGCGAAGCUCUCAAUAUUGCUUUUCCUACAGUGGUUCUUGCUUUUGUUCUGGAUGUAAGUUUUAAGGAAAUGACAGCGCUGGUUAGGGUUUUGGCUGUUCAGGAUGACAUUCACAUUCCUGAAAAGCAUUGGGUGCCACUGAUCCAAUUAUGGCCCACAAAACAGCAAGAUAAUAGCAUUGCUAUUAAUUUGCACUCUACAGCUAAUGUCCUUGAUAUGUUGAGAUUUUUCUAUCACAAUUUAAUCAUGCCCUGGGAUUUUGAAGAAGACGAUGUAAGUGACUGGAAAAGCAAGCAUCUAGAGCCCCGAUUGAGACUGUAUUAUGACUUGAAGAGUGGGGUAAUACCGCGGGUGACUGCUGAGCGUUUGCACUCCCUUAUGUGUGAAGCAAAGAGGAUAGAACAGAAAAGGGAAUACCUGGAAGCUGAACUAGAUGAUUUAGAAAGUUGUGAUGGAGACAAUAAUGCUAUUAAUGACCCCACAGUUGAACAAUUGAUGGAGCUACACAUCCGUUUGAUGGAAAUCAAGGGAGAAAUGGAUAUUUUGGAGAAUCCAAUGUUGAGAAAUGUUGUCAUCAAAAAACAGAAAGAGAUGAGUCCUACUCAUGAUGAUACAAAACAGAACAUUUGGGUUAUUCAAGCGGAAAAUACCGCAGAUGACUGCAUUGAGUUCUUACAAAAAAUUAAGUCAUCGUACCCAACUGAAAUUCUCAGUUUUUCGCCACAACUAUCCUCCACUUUAGAUUAUGCCAAUCCAAAUGAUGUAUUUAUUCUGAAAGAAGGUACACAUAUGAUCAAUGUCACUGGGGCAUUAGAACAUGGAGGUAUGUUAAAAGGGGUAUCCAUGAAAGAAAAUACAAUUCUAAGCUCUAAAACAGAAGAUGUGAUGCUAGACUUUAGAGGUGGGAACGUUGUUAUUGAAAAUAUGACCAUUGAAGCGUUGUCUCCUCAAUGUGCAAUAAUAGUUCGUGGCGGACAACUUACCUUGAAUAACUGUAAAUUAAUUGGAGAUGGAAAAUCAUCAACUCAUCAAGGGAUACUCAUACUAAAUGGAGCACACUUUCAAACAAUAAACUGCGAAAUCAGUCACUUUAGUACUGCAAUUGUUGGCAACUCAGGAUCCAACAUAAGCAUGGAAAGCACCGAGAUUCAUAAUUGCAAUUUUGGUUUGAAAAUUUAUGAUAACUGUGCUGUGAAAGCUACAAAAGUGGCAAUUCAAAAUUGCAGAGAAUAUGGAAUUUGUGUUGAAACUGAAAAUAACAUAGAUGAUGGUCAUCAAAAAGUGGGCGAUUUUGAUACAUUAAAUAUAAUUCCGCAACUGCAAAUGGAAUUUAUCAGUGGGGAUAACAACGCUAAAGGUGACGCCAUCAUUAAUCAGAAAUCCAAGUUGAAACCAGUUGAAAAUUUGUUUGAGAGCCCCGACUCCGAUCCAACGGUUUGUCUUGAAUCUGAUGAAGAAAUGGACAUUCUUCAGACCACUGUAAUUGAAAAUGAUUGUAAUGGAAGAACUUCGCCUGCUACAAUUUAAUAUCUUGGGUUUCUCUGAUAAUUCUCAUAAAUUAUAACUUGUUUACGUUAGCCUAUUAUUGAAUAAUUGUUUAUUUUUGUUUAAAUACAUUUUGUUACUGCUGA